CUCUGACGGGUUUCCGAACAAUAGACAGGGAGAGAAUGCGACAGUUCCAUCAGCUUCACCUGUGUUCUCUUAGCCCGACCGAUCACACUGGAGUAUGAUGUCAUUGGAUAGACCCGAGUGACAGGACCGGGUAGCCUACAUUUUUACCUGAGUUGGUUUCCACACCGAUGAGCAUCGCAUACAGGUAAGGUAACCGCCUGCAGAAGUGUUGCUUCGCUUCGCACCUCUCUCGGUUUCAUUCAACGUUCGCUAACCUGCACGAGCUGUGCGCCUGGCUGCGCGCUGUCAACCGUUUGGAUAGCAUCCCUUUACCUUUUCCACUGGAACUCCGGCCGCUUCCAGGCUGUGCUCGGGUAUAUUCACGGCGGACUGACUGACAGCGCGGGGAGAUGGCGGCAGGUGUGUUCGCGUACGAGAGCUCGGAUGUGGACUGGUGCGAGGACAACUACCGCCACUCGGAGACCGUGGUGGAGUACUUCAACACAAUGAGUAGUUUUGUCUUCUUUGUGGUGUCCCCCAUCAUGCUGUACCUGCUGCACCCCUAUGCCAAGGAGAGGAACCUGGCCGUGCACCUGGUCUGGCUAAUGAUGAUCUUCGUAGGUCUGUUCUCCAUGUACUUCCACAUGACGUUGAGCUUCAUGGGCCAGAUGUUGGAUGAGCUGUCCAUCCUGUGGGUACUGGCUACCGGCUACUCACUCUGGUUCCCACGGAAACACUUCCCUGCCUUCAUCAAGGACAGGAACUCUUUCUGCAGGAUGGUCCUGGCUGUGACUGUUGUGACCACGCUGUCAUCAUUUGUGAAGCCCACAGCCAACGCGUACGUCCUCAACUGCUUCGCUCUACACAUCCUCUACUCGCUGUGUGUGGAGAUGAAGAGUUGCACUGAGCAGCGGGUGCUGCGUCUGGCCAAGGUCUCGGUAGGGCUCUGGGCCCUGGCCAUCUCCUGCUGGAUCAGCGACCGCUUCGGCUGCAGCUUCUGGCAAAAGCUCAACUUCUGUUACUUGCAUGGCAUCUGGCACAUCCUGAUUGUGGUGGCCACUGCUCACGCCAGCACGCUAAUUGCCUAUUUGGACGCGAGCUUCGAGAUCCCGUACACAGAACCAGACCUGCAGUACUGGCCCAAGGACAACUGGGCACUGGGGCUGCCCUACAUCGUCCUAAAAGGCACCAACACCAAGACCAGGAAGAGCUGCUGAGAACAUUACUACACACACACAGUCACUAUUUCCCAAAGUGAAGCGUAUGAGCCUUGGUAGUGUGCCAGUUUUAUUAGUCAUGCCCAGUGAUUGGAUACUCCGCAGAGAUCACCAAAGAGUAUCCAAUCACUGGGCGUGACUACGAAGGCUGAUACACGCAUACUAGACUAUGGGAAAUGGCCACUCUCUGUGCUUUUGAAGUAUUCUUACAAGCCUCCUCUGAUCAUGAUCAGGCUCAGAGGUAAAAGUCAAAAUAGAAGCAAGUUCAUGGUGUAAUAAGUAUAUCACCAGUCCAUGAUCGACAGUUGUUACAACAGUUAUUCCACUGUAUCUACUGAGGUAGAUAUAGACUAUGUGAAAAAACUCUAAAAACCUGAAGUAACUUCUCUGUGAAGUCACUUGUGUUGGAAGGAAACGGUAGAAUGUCUUUUUUACUUCUACUCUUACUUUUGACACCUCUGUGCAUUGGAGGCAAUCCCCAGGGACCUCAACAUUAGAAAGCAAACUCCGGCACAGUCUUCUCACUCCGUUUUAAUUGUGACAAUUAAAACUUUGCAAGUGAACGGGAGUUUAGCUUUCUACCAUUAUACACUGACAAUAUUAAUGUGGAGACGUUACAUUUUAAUUGCACCUCAGAGACGAUUUUCCAAUUAUUAUGCCCUCAACAAAAAAGGGAGACUUGCAAUGUAUUGGUUAGUGGGGUGCAGCACUGUUGAAAUCCUUGUUCACGACAUGUACUGUACGUAUGCUACUGUAAAUGUACUAUGUUAAUCUAUGCAAAGGUGAGCUGUGAGUUGUGUGAGAAGUGGUGUGUCAUCUUAAGGGUUGCCAAGAUAAUGGAUGAUUGUGUGUGUGUGUGUGUGUGUGUGCGCGCACAAGUGGGUGGGUGUGUUUGUCUGUCUGUGUGGAUAUAGCACACAAUAGAUGGCAACAUCACAGCAUCAUAUUCAGGGGUUUUUUUUACAAAGUAAUUUGCAGUGUUUUCUAUGGAUUUGAUUUUAAAUAUCAUUAACUACCUUGAACGUUUUACUAUUUAUCUAAAUGUGUUUUGUGUGGAAAAUGUAAAUGUUUACAAAUGUCCUUUUUGUUUGAAGAAGUGAAUACUUUUAAAUGUGUCUUUAAGAUGUGUUUUGAGAUAGAUAGAGGUCGUCCUCUUCUGAUACAUGCACUGAGCUGGAUCUUCAUUCCAGAGUACCAUGAUACAUGAUACUGUACAUCAGCGCAAUAAGUGACGACUUUUGACAUGAAAAGUACUGUGUGUGUUAACUUGUAUGCAAGCUGCAGUUAUGAAGUGGAAUUUAAAAUGCUGAAUCUUAAUGAAA